AUGGCCUCCACAGCUAAAAUCAUCGAUGGCACUGCACUCGCAAAGUCCAUCAGGGAAGAUGUCGCUGCACGAAUCAAGUCUCUGCAGUCCACCUUUCCCCGCUUCCAGCCCCAUCUCUCCGUUCUCCAGGCUGGCGACCGACCCGACUCCUCCACCUAUGUGCGCAUGAAGGGAAAGGCUGCCACAGAGGCCGGUAUCACCUUUGAUCACGUCAAGCUCCCUGCAGAGGCCACCACCGACGAAAUCGUCGACUACGUCCGCAAGCUCAACGACGACGAAAAAGUCAGCGGGAUCCUCGUCCAGCUGCCUCUCGGAGACCACGUUGGAGCUGCUGGUGAACGCCAGGUUACCGAGGCGAUCAGCCCCCACAAAGACGUCGAUGGGUACUUUUUUCGUUUUACUCUCUUGAAGAACUCGACUAAUUGUAUCGAGUGUAGAUUCCACGCCUACAACAUCGGGCACCUCUCGUCAAGGGCUGCUGACCCUCUGUUCGCACCCUGCACUCCUGCAGGCUGCAUUCGUCUUUUGGAAUCUACCGGAGUGCCCAUCGCAGGUGCUCACGCCGUCGUCCUCGGUCGUAGCGAUAUCGUCGGAAGCCCCGUCGCUGCUCUCCUUCGCAGCAAGGAUGCUACAGUCACUCAGUGCCAUAGCCGAACCAAGAACAUCGAAGAAAUCGUGAAAACCGCUGAUAUCGUUGUUGCUGCAAUUGGUAAACCGGAAUUCGUCAAAGGAUCGUGGAUCAAGCCCGGAGCUGUUGUUAUCGACGUCGGAAUCAACUACGUCCCUGAUGCAACCAAGAAAUCCGGCUCUCGCCUCGUUGGUGAUGUAGAAUUUGCCACUGCCUCACAGGUCGCCUCUCACAUCACCCCCGUCCCCGGAGGUGUGGGCCCUAUGACUGUCGCUUUGCUUAUGGAAAACACCUUCCAAGCUGCGCUUCGCCAAUGGGAGGCUGCCCGUGCUCGCAAAGUCAAACCCCUCAAGCUCAACGUUCUUGAGAAGGUCCCCUCUGAUCUUGAAAUCGCCAUGGCUCAAACUCCCAAGCCCAUCACUCAGCUCGCUGGAGAAAUCGGUGUCCUCCCUGACGAAUUGGAGAGCUACGGCAAGUACAAGGCCAAGGUCAGCUUGAGCGUCUUGGAUCGUUUGGCCCACAGGAAGGACGGCAAAUACAUCAUCGUUGCUGGUAUCACCCCCACUCCUUUGGGAGAGGGCAAGUCCACCACUACCAUCGGUCUCGCUCAGGCUCUCGGUGCUGAACUCGGCCGACCCGCAUUUGCUUGCGUCCGUCAACCCAGUCAAGGACCUACUUUCGGUAUCAAGGGUGGUGCCGCUGGUGGAGGAUACAGUCAGGUCAUCCCCAUGGACGAAUUCAACCUUCACCUUACUGGCGAUAUCCAUGCCGUCACUGCUGCCAACAACUUGCUCGCUGCCGCUCUCGAUGCCCGAAUCUUCCACGAGGCUACCCAAAGCGACAAGGCCCUGUACAAUCGAUUGGUGCCUACCAAGAAGGGCAAGCGCGAGUUUGCUCCUCUCAUGCUCAAGCGUCUCAAGAAGCUCGGUAUCGAAAAGACCAACCCCGACGACUUGACUCCCGAAGAAAUCAACCGCUUCGCCCGUCUCGACGUCGACAAGGACACUAUCACCUGGAACCGUGUUCUCGACACCAACGAGCGAUUCCUCCGAAAGAUUACCAUCGGACAGAACCCCACUGAGCAAGGACACGAGCGCCAGACCGGUUUCGAUAUCGCUGUUGCCAGUGAAGUCAUGGCUAUCUUGGCUCUCACCACUGGAUUGCAAGACAUGCAAACCCGACUCGGUGCUAUGGUUGUCGCCACCAGCAAGCGAGGCGAGCCCAUCACUGCCGACGACCUUGGUGUCUCUGGUGCCCUCGCUGUCUUGAUGAAGGAUGCCAUCAAACCCAAUCUCAUGCAAACCUUGGAGGGCACACCUGUUUUCGUGCAUGCUGGUCCUUUUGCCAACAUUGCCCACGGUAACUCUUCCAUCCUCGCUGACCAAGUCGCUCUCAAGUUGGCCGGAACCGAGCAAGGUGACGGCCCCGAGCGCGUUGGCUACGUCCUCACUGAGGGUGGUUUCGGAGCUGAUAUGGGAAUGGAGAAGUUCUGCAACAUCAAGUGCCGAACCAGCGGAUUGAAGCCUGAUGCCACUAUCAUCGUUGCUACCACUCGUGCUCUUAAGAUGCACGGUGGAGGACCUGAUGUCUCCCCUGGCAAGCCCUUGCACGAUACGUACACCAAGGAAGACCUCGUCACCUUGAAGGAGGGAUGCAAGAACCUGGUCAAACACAUUCAGAACUCGAAGAAGUUUGGUGUCAAGGUCAUUGUUGCCAUCAACCAAUUCGCUACCGACUCUGAGGCCGAACUCGAUCUCGUCCGACAGGAAUCCCUCGCUGGAGGUGCUGAUGCUGCUGUCGUCAGCAACCACUGGGCCAAGGGUGGUGCUGGUGCCCGCGACCUCGCUGAGGCGGUCGUCGCUGUUUGCGAAGGCGAAUCCCAAUUCAAGUUCCUCUACGACUUGGACAAACCCAUUGAGGAGAAGAUCGACAUCAUCUGCCGCGAGAUUUAUGGUGCUGAUGGAAUCGAGUUGAGCGAUCUUGCUCGAACUCAGAUCGAGACUUACACCAAGCAAGGAUAUGGUGGUUUGCCAAUUUGCAUGGCCAAGACCCAAUACUCCUUCUCGCACGACCCUAAACUCAAGGGUGUCCCAACGGGCUUCACUGUUCCCAUCCGUGCCGUUCGCCUCUCGGCCGGUGCUGGCUUCCUCUACCCUCUCCUUGGCGACAUGCAAACCAUGCCUGGCCUUGGAACUCGUCCUGGCUUCUGGGAAGUCGGUUUGGACGAAAGCGGUCGCGUCGUUGGCCUCUUCUAG